GGUUCACGUUAUCACGCUUUUUGUAUUUUAGCUUCUCAUCAACCUUCCUCAUCUCGCCCAUCAAAAUUUUCAAAAAAUACCCAAACUUGCAGCGUUUGAUGGGACUGCGGACGCUGUCAUUUUAUUUUUAUAUAGCUUGUGAAUGAUAACGUACGAUGUAGAGCCUUUGUGAAAAAUAAUGAGCCAAAGUGGUUUCCUUCUGCUAUUUAUUAGCCCUGUAAUAUCGCUCUCGUAGCACCAAUGGACCAUAUGCAAAAUUGCUUUGUGCUCUGGCAACACUGUGCAUUUUGACCCCGCCGCCAUUUUAAUGUGGGCGAGCGGUCGACGGCAACGCGUUCGCUAGUACGGCCGUACGACGCCUGAACAUUUAUUUACUUCACUGCGCUGAGCUACUGCGGUAGCCUCAGCAAGACGUUUCCCAGUGCCCGAACAUGUGAUGUGGACAAACUGUUUAGGAAUUUCGCCACAUAUAUUGAAUGACACUGUAGCGGACUUAAUAAACCAGGCUCCGACGUCAUCCAAGCAGCAGACCAAAUCUUGUGCCUUCGCCGUGGAAGCGUACACCUUGCCGUUGUCGGUUGUGACCAACGCCUGUGACACAAGUCUCGGAAUUGUCUAUGCACGUGCCACGUGCUACCGAAGCCAGAAGAAGAGUGGCCGGCCGUACAAAGUCUGCUUGGCUUUGAAAACUGACAGUGGAGCAGUGGCUGAUUCUACUUGUGAGCGCCCCGCUGGGAGUGGUGGUGCGUGCAGCCACAUUCUUGUGGCUCGGCGCGUCCUUCUUCUGCUGAAGCAGAAGGGCUUCAAAGAGGCACCACCAGAGCUUUCAUGCACAGAGUUGCCACAGCAAUGGAGGCACCCCCGACGACAAGGCAUCAAUCCCAUGGCCAUGCAGAACAUGGACUGGCGGAGUCCACGUGAGGGUGGCAUGGACAUGUCAAUGUCACCCUUAUUCGCUUGCAUUAAACACCCACGGUCCGCCUACACUGAACACAAAGCGAGUUCACCAGGCGAAGUGACACUACUCGACUGGCUGGAGCGCGUCUUCUCGACUACUAAGUAUACCCCACUCGAAGUUACACCGACCGCUCAUUGCAUCCUCCGCUGCGUUUCUAAACGACACUUUCAUAAUAAAGCACCGUUUUAUAAAGACCCGUGUCAGAGCACGCGUCACUGUCUGGAUCGUGGGCGCGUCCCCGCCGCCGUAUUCAAAGCGUUGCCAACGCCUCUGGCGCGAACGGAUGGCAGACGACGUAACUCCUUCGCUAACUGCCCAUCCGUCGCAUUUUCCCACGUGCACGAAGCCGGAGUCCGGCUCGCAUUUUCCGUCGCAGGCGGAGUGCUGUCCGAAAAGCCCAGUCACCCAAAGGUGUUGUGGUGAGCUAAGAGGAGACCGUAGACAAUAAAAUUUCUCUCCCGCAUCCGCCCUGCCAGACAGACAAAGGCGCGUUGCGUGUGAAAAAGCCAUCAGAAGUUUAUGGUCGCCCGCGCGUAGUGGUCAAGCCUCGCCAGCAUAAAAAUGGCGGAUAUGGUACCUGCGAGGUUCACUAGAUGGCGCUGUUAAUUUUGCAUAUUGCCUAUUAAGGUCCAC